CUGUCGUCACUGAUAUAUCUCUGAACAAAUUUUUUUUUGGAUGAUUAGUUACUAACAUUACUUAACAUAGACCGCCGCACCUAUCUAAUAUGAAUCAACAUUCCCCGACGUCGUCCUCCGGUCCAGAAGACGCUGCCGAAAACACUGCGGACGAGGAGGACUCUGAGGAUUAUUGCAAAGGCGGUUAUCACCCCGUCCAAAUUGGCGAGAAGUUCAAGGAUGGAAAGUAUACGGUUGUGCGAAAACUAGGAUGGGGCCACUUCUCGACCGUCUGGCUCUCUCGGGACAACACGAAUGGUAAGCACGUCGCAUUAAAGGUCGUGCGAUCCGCCAGUCACUACACGGAAACCGCUAUCGAUGAAAUCAAGUUGCUCCAGAGGAUCGUACAAGCGAACCCAAACCACCCAGGCCGAAAAUAUGUUGUUAGCCUGCUCGACUCGUUCGAACACAAGGGACCGAAUGGAGUGCAUCAUAGGGGCAUUCCUCGAGAUCUUGUCAUGCAAAUCACGAAGCAGGUAUUAAUGGGCCUGGACUACCUGCAUAGAGAAUGCGGCAUCAUUCAUACAGAUCUCAAACCCGAGAACGUUCUGAUAGAGAUAGGCGACGUUGAGCAGGUGGUGAAGAAGGUGGUAAAGAACGAGAACUCGGAUAAGGAAAAUAAUAGGAACGGAAGGCGAAGAAGACGAACCUUGAUCACUGGCAGUCAACCGUUACCGUCACCUUUGAACGCGAACUUUAAUCGCGACAACCUAUUUCCAUCAACCAAAUCUCACAGCAGCCUCAACGCUAUGUUACACGAUGCAGCGACGCCAAGUUCGUCUACCAGCGAUAAACAGGGACAGAGGGAAAAGACAGCUGAGCUCCUUACCAAGGAAGUAUCUGGAAUUUCUCUCGAUAAGUCCGCUACCGGCGGUACCGCAUCUACCAGCGAAAAAAGGAAGAGAAAGCGAAAGGGGCCAAUUAUUAACGUCAAGAUUGCGGAUUUGGGAAAUGCUUGCUGGGUCUCUCACCACUUCACAAACGACAUCCAGACAAGACAAUAUCGAUCGCCAGAAGUUAUUUUGGGCGCAAAAUGGGGCGCGAGCACUGACGUUUGGAGUAUGGCUGCGAUGGUAUUCGAACUGAUCACUGGCGAUUACCUUUUCGAUCCCCAAUCAGGAACCAAGUAUGGCAAAGACGACGACCAUAUCGCACAGAUUAUUGAGCUUCUUGGCCCCUUCCCUAAGGAACUAUGGAAGACUGGUCGCUGGUCCCAAGAGAUCUUCAAUAAGAGAGGAGAACUGCGUAAUAUCCAUCGCUUGCGACAUUGGGCGCUACCCGACGUCCUACGUGAAAAGUAUCACUUUAAGGACUACAAGGAUCUGCCACCGAAAGAGCGGGAAGAGAAGGAGAAGGCUCGCAGAGAACGGGCUGAGGCCAAGGCCAAGGCUAAGAUGGAAGCAAGGAAAAAUGGCGAGGACGAGGACGCUGUAGAGGACCUCUUCCCAGACGACGAACCCGCCCUCGAGUACCAGCCUUCUGAGGUAUCUGAAUUCCUGCUGCCGAUGCUCGAGCUACUGCCCGAAAAACGUGCGAAUGCUGGCGGCAUGUCGAAUCAUCCGUGGUUAGAUGACACGCCGGGUAUGGAGGACAUAAAAAUAGAAGGACUCGUACCUGGGGGCAAAGGUGAGGGCAUUGAAGGCUGGGCCUGCGAGGUGAAGAAGCGGUAGAGUUUUUGGUUACAUGUCGCUAGCUCUCGGUAAUGGUUAUAAUGAUUCUCGGGGUUCGUCCAUGGAGCUACUCGUAGGAGAAAGACAUGAUCAGUCCUUCCUUUUUUAUCGAGGAAAGAGAAAGAAAGAAUCUAACAUAGAAACGGGCUUCGAUCCAAUGAUUUACGACUCCGCUUGCGGGAGUAGAGGAGAGAAGAGAAGCAAAGAGAAUUUGUAAAAAACGAGAGCAAUAAAGUUCCAGGAGUAAUGUGUUCGUUAUG